GUUUUCGAUGUUUGUAAACAGAAACUCAGCUGCUCAGCUGAUCAGUUUCCUUACCACGUCUUAAAUUGCGCCCUGCAGCCCUGUAUAUAAGAUCUGUCAGAGAAGGUGAGAGUAGCUCGUUUUGAAGAUGCAGUUCUCCUCCGUGGUUGCGUCUCCGAAGCUGGUGCUGCAGCUCUGCAUCAGCACCCUGCAAUGCAUUAUGGCGAGCGUCUUUUCAAUAGUUUGUUUCUGGACAGCAGGAGGCUGCAAGGGGACAACCUCCCCUGUUUCACCUGUUGACUGCCAGCUGGAGCAAAGGAAAGUCCAAAAUGCCACGACUCCAACAAGUGUCAACUAUCAUUUCACACGCAAGUGUAAUUACAAAUGUGGAUUUUGUUUCCACACUGCAAAAACCUCCUUUGUCCUGCCUCUAGAGGAAGCCAAGAGGGGCCUCAAACUUCUGAAGGAAUCUGGCAUGGAAAAGAUCAACUUCUCGGGAGGAGAGCCCUUCUUGCACGAAAAAGGAGAAUUUCUGGGGAAAUUAGUUCAGUUCUGUAAACUGGACCUACAGCUCCCAAGUGUCAGCAUUGUCAGCAAUGGGAGCAUGAUCAAAGAAACAUGGUUCCAGAAAUAUGGUGACUAUCUGGAUAUCCUGGCCAUCUCCUGUGACAGUUUUGAUGAGGCAACCAACCAGCUGAUUGGAAGAGCUCAGGGCAGAAAGAGCCACGUCGACAACCUUCACAAGAUUCGCAACUGGUGCCUGCAGUACAAAGUGGCAUUCAAGAUCAACUCGGUCAUCAACACCUUCAACGUGGAAGAAGACAUGACUGAGGCCAUCACCCAGCUUAACCCAGUCCGCUGGAAGGUAUUCCAGUGUCUGUUGAUUGACGGGGAAAAUGCAGGAGAGAAGGCCCUGAGAGAGGCAGAGAGGUUCGUCAUCAGUGAUCAACAGUUUGAGGAGUUUCUGGAUAGACACAGCAGCGUCCCCUGCCUUGUUCCGGAGUCCAAUGAGAAGAUGAGGAAUUCCUACCUGAUCCUGGAUGAAUAUAUGCGUUUCCUGGACUGUCGAGAGGGAAGGAAGGACCCGUCCAAGUCUGUCCUCGAUGUUGGUGUGAAGGAAGCCAUUUGCUUCAGUGGAUUUGAUGAAAAGAUGUUUCUAAAGAGAGGAGGGAAAUAUGUGUGGAGCAAAGCCGACAUGAAACUGGAGUGGUGAAAAUCUGCAACCAUUUAAAUUUACCGUUGUUGAGUGAUUGCACAGAUGUAUAUGUAAAUGUACAACAUGAAUGUUUUUAUCUUUA